UUUAGUUACGCGAAAAGACUACUUGUGAGCUUCUAUGUAAUUCUGUAUUCUUUGGAUGCACUUUGGAAAAAUACAAUAUUUGUAUAUAGUUUCAACUCUUCUCGUAAAAUUUUAUUGGCAUAUUAAUAAUGGAUAAAAAUUUAUCUAAAGAUGCUGUAAACAAAGAUUUGGAUUGGGUAGCAAUAAAAGAUGUUGCAAUUAAUGAGGUUGCAAUUGGGAGUUUACCUGAAAGUGCAAAGGAGAAAUUUAUUCGUAAAAUCAAAGAUAAUCCUUUUGUACCAUUAGGUUCGCUUGCCACAGUAUCCGCACUUUUUUAUGGAUUAUACAACUUUGUGCAAGGAAAUUCACAAAUGUCGCAGUAUAUGAUGCGUACAAGAGUUGCUGCUCAAGCCUUUACUUUCAUUGCUAUAGCCACUGGUUUCAUUCUAGCACAGAAAAAAUUCAAUGCUAAAACAACAGAUAACAAAGUAACAUAAAGAAAAUCUUUUACGUUUAAUCAAAUUUUAGCACAGGUAUCUUGAAUAAUAAUAUAUAAUUUUUAAACUUAUCAAUGUCUUGUAAAUUCGUAUCUUUAAAAAAUCUAUUUUUACCAAUAAAAAAAGAAAACUAUGUAAAAAGUAUCCUUACUUAGGAUUAAACAAUAAAUUGUUUACAAAGAAAAAAAUUAUUACGAAUAUAAUACUUUCUCAACAGAAACAAAAAUAAAAAUAAUCUAAUUUGUA